AGAGCGGAUCUUGAGACUGUUUAGUGUAUUUUAAUUGUCAAAAUAUUGACUUUAUUUUCCUUAAGUGACUAACUUGGUAGGUUUUUUUUCAUAACUGGUUGACACCUUGAAACACAGAUUCAAUAUUUCUGACAAUAAUGCCAUUUAUUGUGUGAAGUGCACCAGUCUCUCCAUACGUAUAUCCACAGAAUUAGAGUGAGAGAGUUUUUAAGAAAUGCUCAAAUGUCAUGUUUGCACAGUUUUUUCCCUUUGUCAGAUGUUUGGUUAGAGUUUAACCAAUACUGAGAAGAUUAUAUCCCCUGUAUGCUAAAGGUGUAUUUAUGGAACUGUUUUCCUUUGGCUCUUAUUUGUUCUUGGUGCAGUUAUUCCAGUUUGAGGCAGAGCUUUGGGAUGCUACCGGUUGGAGGAAACCGUGUGUUUGCACCAUCACCAGAGAAAUAUUUUUCUCUCUUUAUUUGUCACAAAAGAUAUGCACUGUAAAACACAAGUGGAGUUUAAAAUAAAAUGCAAACUCGUUGCCUCAAAAAAAUCAAAACUUAAAAAUGUUAGUGUCUUUAAGUUUACACAACUCAUUUAACUUGAUCAUUUUGAAUAAGUUGUAAUGACAUAAUAGCAAACAAAACUCUACUGUACAAACCUAAUUAAUUCUCUUUACUUAUAAAAUAUAUAUUUAAACUCGUUGCCUCAAAAUGUUUGUUUUCAUUAAAUUAAGUGAGUGACAUUAACUUGUGUAAUUUUAGUAAUAAUCUUAGUAUGUUGUAAUAACUUAAUGACAUUUUAUACAAAGAAAACUCCCUAAUUGAAACAGUUUCUGCUUUCUAUUUGUUUCUUUACUCAAACUUUGACAGAAAAUAUAGAAAGCAGUGCUAAGAUGUUUAAGAUGAACAAUUUAAGUUAUGUUCACUUGAAAUCUUUUAUUAAACAGAAUGUUUUUUUGUUUAACAUAGCGUAGCCUUUCGUUCGGUUGAAUGUCUGCAUGUAAAACAAAACUUAAUGCUCUUUUUUGACCUACUUAUUUUCCCCUCUGUACAGAUUUCAGUUUAAUCAUCCAUAAGAAUAUAUAUGCAGUUCCCUGGAGAAUAAAGGUGUAGUAGGUAAUAAAGAGUGGAUUGUUCCUGGAAGCCAGGAGUCAUUUCACCAGCGCCCAUCCCAUAACCACAUCACUAAGUCACACCCUGCCUCCAUCCUUUCUCUCCUCUACUUUGCUCACCAUUACCAGGUGGAGGUUGUUGUGUUUUUUCUCUGUAUGUGAAGACAGCCUCCCGUUGACAUCAUUGCCACUCCUCCUUACUCCCAUGAGGUAUAAAGGAUCCGGUUUCUGUGCCAGCAUCCAUCAGCCAUCACAGGUGUUCCACUCCAGCUGAAUAACAAAGAGUCUUUGUUCGUUGAAAAACUCUGUGAAGAUUCUGCAAACAUGUCGAUGGGUUUGGAGAUUGUGGGCAUUGCCCUUGGAUUCCUUGGGCUCAUUCUUGCUAUGGUGACGUGUGCUCUCCCAAUGUGGAGGGUGACAGCCUUCAUCGGCGCCAACAUCGUCACUUCUCAGGUCAUCUGGGAGGGCUUGUGGAUGAACUGCGUCACCCAGAGCACAGGUCAGAUGCAGUGCAAGGUCUAUGACUCCAUGCUAGCCUUGACUCAGGACCUCCAAGCCUCCAGGGCAAUGACGAUCAUCGCCAUUAUUCUCGGAGUCCUGGGCGUCAUGAUCUCCAUCGUUGGAGCCAAGUGCACCAACUGCAUCGAAGACGAGGCAGGCAAGGCCAAAGUGAUGAUCAUCUCUGGGAUUUUCUUUGUUCUCGCCGGCAUUUUGGUGCUGAUCCCGGUGUCUUGGUCUGCCCACGUAAUCAUCCGGGAAUUUUAUGACCCCUUGUUGGUCAGCGCUCAGAAAAGAGAGAUUGGGGCUUCGCUCUACAUUGGUUGGGGUUCAGCCGCCCUGUGCCUGAUUGGAGGGGCCAUGCUAUGCAGCCGCUGUCCGCCCCAAGACAAGUACAAGGCACCUCGGAUGGCGUACAACGCCCCACGCAGCGUCAGUGCUGGAGGGUACGACAAAAAAGACUACGUCUGAACUGUCCUGACAUGUCUGGGAAACUGUUGUAGUUCUGUGUUGUGUGUAUGUGUUUUGCUGUCUAAAAAUCACAGGGUGAGCCCCUCUAAAGACUCCGACAUGAAGAUUUUGUGCAAAUGUUGAUCUUUCUCCCGUCCUUUUGGUCAAAUUGUUCAUUUACAUCCUCUUGGUUUAUUAUGAUUGAUUAGAAUAGGAGCCUGUUUUCCUGCUAACUAUUAUCUUUCUAGGUAAAAAUAUUAACUACUGUCUCUGUUGCUGUAAAACAGACAUUCACACCUGCUCCCUGCUUGUGUAGGACUUCACCGGCGGCGCGGUGUCGUGUUACACUGAAACUUGCUGUUAAAACAUUGUGUGUCAUGCCCCCAACAAUGACGAGGAAGAGCCGGCUCUCGUUUUACAUGGAUUUGUUUGCGUGAUUGUUCCUUGUGCGUGUCUGUGUGUGCUUUUUGCAUGUAAUAUUUGCUUAAGAGGGUUUCAGUCGAGACUGAAACUGAAGAUGGAUCACUGAUAUUCAUUUUAUCACUGUUUUUAGUUUCACUGUGUUUAAAAAAAUAUAUUUUCUAUUUUUUGUUAUUGAAUGCUCAAUAAAUUAGGAUUUAUUGAGCAUUCAAUGUGGGGUAACAUUUCAACUUGAUGUGUAUUUUGAAUUUAGUCUUAUUUACGCUGGUCAAACAAAUAUUCAGUGGACUUUUUUUCUUUUAUUUUGAUGUUUCCUUACUGUUUUAUACAAUGUUGACUCAUUUACAAAUUUCGGCUCAGUUAUUGCUGUUGAACCUGUAGAAAGAAAGAAAUUAACAUUUUAUAACCUUAUUGAAUAUUUUAAUAAAA